GCCCACGUGAUUUCACAAGCUUUUUCUCUUCGCCUUUUGUGUUUUCUUGACCAAUGGUAGAGCAGAGAAGGCGGACCUUCUUUUUCUGACAGCCAAUAGCAUGUCAAGUUUGAAAUACGUUUCCUAGCCGCUGUGGCAUCCGGGUUAUGAACGUUGGGGUUUAUAUUUGAAGCGAUCUGCCUUCGCGUUUGAGGAUGUUCGGAUCCCUGCGGGUGCUGUUGCAGGUGCUUUGGGCCCAGCUUCUCUGUGGAUGGGUGUUGGGCUCAGAACUAACUUUUGAGCUGCCAGACAACGCCAAACAGUGUUUCUACGAGGACAUUAUUGUUGGCACUAAGUGCACUCUGGAAUUCCAGGUAGUAACUGGUGGUCACUAUGAUGUGGACUGCCGUUUGGAGGAUCCAGAUGGCACGACGCUUUACAAAGAGAUGAAAAAGCAGUAUGACAGUUUUACCUUCACCGCAGCCAAAAACGGCACCUACAAGUUCUGCUUCAGCAACGAGUUCUCCACCUUCACGCACAAGACGGUUUACUUCGAUUUCCAGGUUGGAGAUGAUCCUCCACUCUUUCCCAAUGAGAACAGAGUCACUGCUCUUACCCAGAUGGAAUCUGCUUGCGUGUCCAUCCAUGAGGCCCUGAAGUCAGUCAUCGAUUAUCAAACGCACUUCCGCCUCCGUGAGGCCCAGGGACGCAGUCGCGCUGAAGAUCUGAACACCCGUGUUGCUUUCUGGUCUAUCGGAGAAGCCUUAAUCCUCCUGGUGGUCAGCAUCAGCCAGGUGGUCCUGCUGAGAAGCUUCUUCUCUGACAAGAAGACCACUAUGACUCGAGUUGGAUCAUAACGGCCUCUCAACCACAGGAUACAAUCUUAUCACUUUUUAUCUGUUCCAGGGGGUUGUGUGUUUAGAGUAGGUAAAGGCGACAGUGCUGAUUUAAAAUUUGAUCAUAUCACUCUACCAGGUCAUCAGAUCUGACAUUAAUCUUAAGUGAGCACUGCAGUUCUUACAAACUUUAGGCAGACUAAGCUGGAUGAAUAAACUUUAAAUAUUUUUGGGAGGUAAAAAUGAAAAAUACAGCUUAAUUGUUCAUUGUUUUGCUCAUGUCUGUAUUUAAGAGUUCAAACAAGUAAGAUAGCUAAAGCAACAGUUUGAACAUGUUUGAAUGUGUUCUUUUUUGUCUGUUUUGUCAUUCCCACAAUCCCAUCGUAUCCAACCAAAACCUAAAAUAAGCAGAGGAGGAAGGUAGAAGUUGUAGAUUGAGGUUUUUUUUUUUUAAAUAUAUAAUUAUUUUUCUGUAUAGUCAGAUCCCAGUGUGUGUGAAGCUGCUCUUACAUUAUAGAGGGCUUCUCCUCCAAUUUUUUUUCUUUAAUAAACUUAACUAAACUCAAUUGGAAUAGUUUAGAGUUGUGUGGAGUGAUGGAAAACCUUUAAAAUGCAUGAAAGUUCUGUGUGAGUUAGCUGCUUGCUAAGAACUUAAGGCAGGCGGUGCAACUUGAAUAACAAAAUUAUUUAAUAAAAAUAAAAGCCACUUAAUGCAUUUGCAGUUCAAUGUUGUCUAAUUUAUGUUGAACUAAUGAAAAUAAAUAUAUUUCCAUAAGGAAUUUAUUUACAGAUUUAAAACAAAUGUGGGUGGUGUAUUAAUUUGAUAUUUUGUGUGCACACUAAAAUUUUGUUAAAGUGCUAGAGCUAACUGUUUGAAUGCACCAGCUUUUAUUUUUGUGUUGUGCUGAUGCAAUAUUUGCAGUCUGACGUCUUUGUUUUAAAGUGUUACAGCUUAUUUAUCCCACAAUUCAACGCUGUUUGUUUUGGUUUUAUACAUCUCCAUUGUAAAUUUGUUUCUGAUGAUGAACUGGCUUGGAUAACCAUACCCAUUUAGUUAUACAAUUCAAUUGAUUCAUUUGAUGGCUGUGUAGAAUAUUUAGGAAACAAUUUUAUGGGUUUUUUCUGCUUAGGGUGUCUUAUUUUUCCUGUGAAGAAAAAUAAAUAUAUGGAGUUUUCAUUUAGAAAGAACAAUGGAGAGUUAUGUGGUCCUGCAGCCCACAUUACUGGACCAGCAACUAGUAAUAUAAUUCAUACUCAUGAUUUGCAAACAAUGGACUAAAUGUAAAUAGUUAUAAAUUUUACAUUUAACUGUUCAUUUUGAAUUAAUCCAUCUAAGAUUGAAUCAGCAUUUAAAUUCAUUUUACAUGUAUUUAUUGAUGAAGACCAACUCCUCUACCUUGUAAGGUUUCACAAAAGCUGUAUUGGGUUGAUUAAAAAAUGCAUUGCAAUCUUUCCUACA